AUGGAUUAUAGUGUUCGUAAGUUGGAAAAACCGAAUGAGGCUGACAGCUUAUACUUCGAAGAAGAGCAGCCUCUCGGAUCAUGGGAACAACAGUUCGUCUUUGGAGAUGACUUCAACAAUUGUGUACCAAGUCUAUUUGGAUGUGAACAAUAUUUACUACCGUAUCAAAAUAGCUAUACUUCCAACUAUGAACUAGCUGAUUUCGAAGAAAUUUCUGGUGAAUUUGACUUGUGGGAUUCGUCAAACCUACAAUCUCUUUACACUGAACUAUGUGUUGACGCUGAGCCUUUGAAGACAGCUAUGGCUGAUUCUCAUGCCCAUCAAAGUGAAAAUGUUUUGAGUGAAGCCAUGAAUGUGGGUUAUGGGAAAGAAUUAACAGUUUCAGACAGAAACAAUGGGAUGAAAAUGAAAAGUGUCGGAAGAUACAAAUCUUGUGCACUGGAAUUGGAUGAGAUUCAGAAAUACUUUGAUGUUCCAAUAACUAAAGCUGCCAAGGAAUUGAAUGUCAGUUUGUACGUCUUAAAGAAACGAUGCAGAGAACUGAACAUCUUGCGAUGGCCUCAUAAAAAGAUAAAGGGCAUAAAGUGCCUCAUCGAUAAUGUUAAGUUUGUUGUUGUUAGAUUUAUGUCAACGGAACUGGGCUUGACGAAUGAGAUUGAAAUCCUGGAGGAACAUAAAAGGAUGCUAGAGACGCUGUCUGAAACGGAACUAACUGAAAGAACAAAGAAACUGAGGCAAGCUUGCUACAAGGCCAAGUUCAAGAAGAGAAGGUCCAUGAAGCCUUCUUUUGCUUGA